AUGGUAGAGUCUAUUAUCAAAAGCAAGGAAAUCCUCUACAAGCAAGUUGCUCCGUUUGUGAAGGAAAUUGUUAGUAACAAUGAGCAAAAAGGAAGACACACAACGAUUGCCGUCUCUGGAUCAUCGCAGCCACUUCUGUUAUCGAAGUUACUCACUGAUGGAUCCAUUUCCUGGAAGAACGUGGAGUUUUACUUUGCUGAUGAGCGCUGUGUUCCGUAUGACCAUCCAGAUAGCAACUAUUAUGCAUGGAGUAAAGCCUUUGAAGAUGCGCACAUUCCACAAAAUAACAUCCAUAAGGCAAACUCUGGAGCUACUCCUGAAGAGUCUGCAGAAUUGUAA